AUUUAUUAAAGACUUAAUUAACAGUUUAAGACAUGAAACUUGUCUCAGAACAAACAUGUUGUAAUUUGGGGAAUUUGGACUCGAGACUUUAUUUAGACUUAACUCAGAACGUGCAACACAUUGAAUUGCCUUUUGCUGAAAAUGUGCUAUAUCAACAAAAUUACAUUAUGUUACCUCUUGUUUUGAGACUUAUGCUACAUUACACUUACCUCAGAAGUCUCAGCUGGGUUUGACAUUACACACUAGGUAAAAUAAUUCCAGUGAAAGUAGUCGAAAAAUUGGGAUUUCAACAAGUAGAAAUUGUCUGCAGAACUUUGUAUGGCAAUCGUUUUAAUCUUUACUUCAAUACAUAAGCAAACACCUCUUUUAAUUUGUUCAGUUUAUGGUUGUAGGUGCUAUUAGUAACAUUACUUGUAGACACACUCUUACAAAUGUGUAUUGUAAACUAAUCAAGACUCCACCACAUCUUGUUGAUGCCAGGUACAGCCAUUUUCAAACACGAAGCCGGCCUUACAAGUACAUAGUCUGAGUUGUUCCCUCUUUCCCAGUUCCGACGUGGAUUUUCUGUUCAAGUUGCUUGAACAGAAAAGCAACUGUUGGAAUUUUCCUGUUUAGACCUAAAUUGAGCCAUGUUUUAAAUUCAGUGAAAAAAACAACUUUCAAAACAACUUGUCUCAGCUCUGCUAACUAUGUCAAAUAACAAUGUUUAACCCAAUCUAAACUUUGAAUGAUAAUAUUUUAAUAACACUAUAUUUAUUUGAAUCCAUUUAGUGGCUAUAUUGAUGUAAGUGCUGGACUGAUGAGCUUCUGAGUGUCCUGGUUUGCAGUCAUCUCCUUGAAAUUCCAGUCAUGCCUCACAUAUUCCUGCAUCCAUCUCAGUUCCUAUAUUUUAUGGACUUGACAGCUGGCCCCUUUUGAGUAAAUGUCCAUGAAUGUUCAUAUUUCUGCACCUAAACUUCCAGCAGAUGAGAAUGAGGACACCUGGCUCAAGUCAACAUGUCACUGUGUUUGAAGGCUGUUGCUUUUUCCAGCCCCCUCUCCGUAUAUUUUGAACUGCGUGCAAGAUGAAGAUACCUUCCCCAUCCCUACAGCCCUACUUCCUAUGCACUACCUCCCCCGUCUUUCGCACCAGCCAGACACCCAUAAAUCUGACGUAUUUUUCGCAUUUCCUGCACCAGACUGACACCGAGACAGAGGAAGGGGAGAAGCAGACAGAUAUAUGAAGUUAGUGAGCAGUGGAUGAAACCAGGCCCAAGCUGCAGGAGUCUGUCUUCCCCCUCUUCUUUACCUAUCCACCUAUCACCACCACCCCGGAUACUCCCCCCACCUCCACGCCCCUGCAGCGGUCGCCACCAGCCGCAGUCUGCUCGCAGCGGUCCGGCGAACAUCUGCCGAUGAGCCCCGGCGACUGCAUCCGGAGACUCACACCCGCGUCACGGUGCAGUAGCGGGGACACGCGCCGCUGCUUCCAAUGACCUCGAGCCCAGCUGAAAUAGUUGGUUUUCUCUUUUUCUUCUCAAUUCCUUGAAGGUAAAAACAAUGACACAGCGGCUCACAUCUGUGGCCUCUGCUCGGUUGUUUUCCGCUAUCUCGCGCAUGUUGGCACCUAUUUAUUCCCGGCUCGUCUGAGGAAGUCUUUCCCGGGCUAACGGUCGCGUCUCAGGGGCUGCCCUCCAGCUUACACCGGGCAGAGGUGGGGGGAGGAUUUAGGUACUUUGCUGAACUGCUGACGUUUCACAACAAGAAGCAGAAACAGGUUGGAUUCAGAAGCUUUCGGACCGCGUCAUAUUACACCGGAGGACCACCGGUUGAACAGAAAUACAGAGCACCUGAUUGCCUCCGCGCGCGCGCCGCAGGAGAACAUUUUGUCAACAACAGGACCUCUUUCCUCGCGGCGACAUGGUGAUCUUCAACGGGCAGCUGAAGAUUAAAAUCUGCGAGGCGCUGGACCUAAAACCCACGGCUUGGUCCCUGCGUCACGCCGUGGGUCCGAAGACUCAGACCUUCCUCCUGGACACGUACAUCGCCCUGAACGUGGAUGACUCGCGCGUGGGUCAGACCUCCACCAAGCAGAAGACCAACAGCCCCACGUGGAACGAUGAGUUCACUACGGAGGUCAUCGACGGCAGAAGGAUAGAACUGUCCGUCUUCCAUGACGCCCCCAUCGGCUACGACGACUUCGUGGCCAACUGCAUCAUCCAGUUUGAGGACAUCCUGCACAGCAGCAGCAAGCACUACGAGAACUGGAUUGAUCUGGAGCCGGAGGGGAGAGUCUUUGUUGUUAUUGACUUAUCAGGAUCUUCCAGUGAAGAGGCGGGCUCUACCAACAAUGAGGAACGGGUUUUCCGACAACGAAUGCGACCCAGGAAGCGGCAGGGGGCUGUUCGGCGGAGGGUCCACCAGGUCAACGGGCACAAGUUCAUGGCCACUUACCUGAGGCAGCCCACCUACUGCUCUCACUGCAGGGACUUCAUCUGGGGCGUUUUAGGGAAGCAAGGUUACCAGUGUCAAGUUUGUACCUGUGUGGUCCAUAAGCGCUGCCAUGAGCUCAUCAUUACCAAGUGUGCAGGAAUGAAGAAGCAGGAUGACACAGUCGGAGAACAAGUCGGGUCUCAGAGGUUCAGUGUCAACGUACCGCACAAGUUCAGCAUCCACAACUUUAAAGUUCUGACCUUCUGCGACCACUGCGGCUCCCUCCUGUGGGGCCUGCUGCGACAGGGACUCCAGUGUAAAGUAUGUAAAGUGAACGUACACAGGCGAUGCGAGAGCAACGUGGCUCCGACAUGUGGAGUAGACGCCAGAAGAAUAGCAACCGUCCUCUCAGAUCUUGGAUUGACACCAGAUAAAAUCUCCAACAGCGCCCAGAGGCGGAAAAAGCUUCCUCAGGCUCGGGAUCCUCAGCAGCUGCCAUCAGAACUACAUCAAACAGAGGAGGGCCAUUCGAGAUCCGCCCCCACCUCUCCGUGUGACCAAGAUGUGAAGGACCUGGAGAACAUCCGGAAAGCUCUGUCCUUCGACCACCGCGUAGAGGAGCACAAAACACACUCUCUGGCCUCGCCAUCAUCAGUAGUGAUGGUGGGAGAAAAAGGGGCAGGGUGCAUCGAUGGAAACGUAGUAAAGGAAGAGAGAAGCCAGGAGAAUGGCGAGGUCAAAGGUCACACCGCUCCUGAGCUAAAAAGGAUGAACUUGCACGACUUCCUGUUCAUAAAGGUGCUGGGGAAAGGAAGCUUUGGAAAGGUGAUGCUGGCCGAGCUGAAGGGCACCGACGAGGUGUUCGCCGUCAAAGUGCUGAAGAAGGACGUGAUCCUGCAGGACGAUGACGUGGACUGCACCAUGACGGAGAAGAGGAUCCUGGCACUAGCCAGGAAGCACCCGUACCUGACCCAGCUCUUUUGCUGCUUCCAGACUAAAGACCGUCUGUUCUUCGUGAUGGAGUACGUUAACGGAGGCGACCUGAUGUUCCAAAUCCAGCGGUCUAGAAAGUUUGACGAGGCGCGCUCCCGAUUCUACGCCGCUGAGGUCACGUCCGCGCUGAUGUUCCUGCACCGGCAUGGAGUCGUUUACAGAGACCUGAAGCUGGACAACAUUCUGCUGGAUGCAGACGGUCACUGCAAAUUGGCAGACUUUGGGAUGUGCAAGGAGGGAAUCCUGAACGGAGUCACCACCACCACCUUCUGCGGGACGCCAGACUACAUCGCACCAGAGAUCCUUCAGGAGCUGGACUACGGUCCGUCGGUAGACUGGUGGGCUCUGGGGGUGCUGAUGUACGAGAUGAUGGCGGGACAGCCACCGUUUGAGGCCGAUAACGAAGACGACCUGUUCGAGUCUAUCCUGCAUGACGACGUCCUCUACCCCGUGUGGCUCAGCAAGGAGGCCGUGUCCAUUCUGAGAGCGUUCAUGACAAAGAGUCCGAACAAGCGUCUGGGCUGCGUGACAGCGCAAGGCUGUGAAGAUGCCAUCAAGCUCCAUCCGUUCUUCAGAGAAAUUGACUGGAUGCUGCUGGACCAAAGGAAGAUCAGGCCGCCGUUUAAACCUCGUAUUAAAACCAAAAGGGACGUCAAUAACUUUGACCAGGACUUUACACGUGAAGAACCUGUCCUGACGCCCGUGGAUGACAGCCUCAUCAAACAGAUCAACCAAGAUGAGUUCAAAGGAUUCUCGUACUUUGGAGAUGAAACAUCUUAGAUUGCCGACAUGUUGGAUCCCAACUACCCUAGGAAUUGUGAAUUGUGUCUUCAUUAUGGAUCCUGUGCUUUUGUUUGUUCAUUCAUACAUAUGAACUAUAACUGUACGCUUCAGCAGCAUGAGGCAGGUGCGUGCAUGCACCUCCAGAGAGACGCUCAUUCCUUCACACAAUGUGAUGUGUCUUGUAUCUGCCUGUAAGGAAUGUUUGUUGUUUUUUCUCUUGAACAUGUCUGAAUGGCAAAGAUUGAAUGAAUACUUGUAUUUAAAGCAAAAAAAGUGCUUUAUUCCCUGAAAAAUGAAACGAGGAGCCAGAGAAGUUGAUGUCUUACAUUUAGGCAAAGCAAGAAAGGAAAUGUUAGGAAGAGGCACCAAGUCCUCAACAUUUGCAUUGCUAAGCUUUAAUUUUAGUCCAGCUGUUUUAUUUGAAGCAAAGAAAAGAGAGAAAGCAGAAAAUGAUGAUGGCAUAUUAGGGCCAUCAUACAUAUAUAUAUAUAUAUUUAAAAAAUGUAACUAUCCACCAAUAAACUUAGAAAUUAUGAGAUUAAUCUCAGAAAUUUUCUAGAAAAAACUUGGAAAUUUCUAUGUUUGAACAUUUUCUUGGUGUCAAAAGUCUGACAUUUUUGACUUUUCAACUCAGAAAUUUCCAAAUAUUUUCUAGAAAAUUUCUGAUGUUUUUGGAGAAAAUUUCAUUGUGUUUUUGUUCCAGUGCUCUUAGUUUAGUCCUAAAUGGUACAUUAGUUUCUUGCUAACUGAGACUGACGCAGCGUGACACUGGGAGCGUCUGUUGCUGAGUGAAGCUCUUUCAGAUGAUGAUGUUGGUUAGGGAGUCUCUGCCUGUGCUACCAAACACAAUUUUAGUGAGAUCUGCCUUCAUGUUUAGGCUUUUAGUACUAUAAAGGUGAUUGCGUGCGUUGGCAUGGAAAGCUAACCUCCUUCAUGACCUUUUUGGUUUAAAACUAGGUUAAAAAAAAAGUUUCUCAACUUUUAUUUUUCUGUAAAUAAUAAUAAUGAUUAGAAUUGUCUGACUCCUCCAUCCUCAGACUGUCUUCACCAACACGUUUACCUGAAUCCAGUUAUGAUGCACUGAAGAGUUACCACUUGGACUUUUUCAAGUCUUUUCAGGUUACAAUCAUAAACUUUGACAUUUUUAAUGAAAUGUUAUUUUCUCUUUUUUCAUGUAAUGGAACCACAUAGUCGUGCAUAACCCUAAAGUGGAAGGGAAAUAAAAUAUGGAUUUCCAAUAUUUUGAUAAAUAAUCAGUUCAGCCCCAUUAGUUGUCCCGAGAGCUUUAAAGGAAACCUGGAGUCAUCCUGUGGAAGACAUCAAAACAUGCCUUACUUUCUUAAUUAAAUUUUGGUCUGAACUUUGAUGUAAUGGAAUGUGAUAAUCAUGUCUUUAAAGGGAUCUGAAUGCAAGUAGAUCCCACUCAUUUCCAAGUUUUAGGCACUAUUCUAUGUUAGUUUCUUACAAAACAAAAUCUACUUAAAUUCAAUCAAGUUUGUGGUUUUCAGCUAAGAAAAUAUGGAAAAAGUUUGACUGAAGCAGACAUCUAGUUAUAUUACAAAUAGAAACAAUCUGGUCUGUGUGUCAUCACAAAUAAACCUUGAGGCAUACCAUAAGGUAUACCAUUUAUACAUUCCUACAUGUCUCUUAGCACCAUUUGAAACUGUCAGGGUUUCCUUUGAAAUUAUAAAAUCACAGCAUUUCCACACCAUUGAUUCUGCAGUGUUUACACAUUGAAGGUGGUUUAUAAUAAUUAUCACAUUCCAUUAUAUAAAAAUCUGGCUUUAUUCAUUGAAAAAAUAUUCCUGAAUUGUCACAUGGACAUGCUUGUACCAAAGUCCCCUUGCUUGUGAAGGUGAUGGUGAGGUGAAGAGUCCAAUAACAUUUUAAAAUACAGUGAACCCUGUACAUAUAUUACAGGGUUAUAUGUAAUAUAUGUACAUUACAAAUACAUAUUUAUUACAUAUGACAUUACACAUAUUCACGGAAAAUUCGCCUAUACAUCAAUUUUUUUUCACAAAAAUCUAAAAUAAUCAAAAGACAAUGCAGCAUGGGUGGGAAGCUGAAAUACCCAUGCCCCCUGCUACGUGACAUGCUAUUGGCUAUCAUUAGCAAAACAGCCAAUCAGGGAGCAGCAUACAUGAUCAUUGACUCUGAUUGGCUGUACCGUGGCAGAGAUGUAAAAUACUGAGGAACCAACUUUAUGAAAUGUCUCUGGAUUCUUCACCUCACCAUGGCUUUGUCCUCUCAGUGCCUCUUGGCAGGAGGCAUGUUUGAGCAAGAAGUUUCUGGAUCUUUUAUCAAGGUGAUAACAACCUACAGGGCAGGUUGUUAAGCUAGAAAACCAAAAAAGAUUUGCUAAGCAUGUUGGUCAUCCAGGCAUCAGGUCAGCAGCUUGAUGGUCACUAUUUGUUUCUGUAACACCUUUUGUUUGAGCAGCAGCUGUGAUUGGUUGAAGUGUUGGACGUAUUGGACAUAUCAUUCCUCAGCAGUCCACACUUAGAGUGCAGGCAUGUUCAUGUGACUGAAGAACGUGUGAAACUGAAUGUAUUUGCUCUGCAGCGUGUGUUUACAUUAUGCAGAGAGCUGUUGUCAUGUUCUUUUUAGUUUUAUUUAAAGUCUGUCUAUAGAGUUUGUGUGAUAAAUUUUGGUGACACUCCCAUCUUCAGAGACUCAUCACUCCCACCUCUGAUGUUCAGAGGCUUUGCUUUAUGUUGCAGGUCAGAAAAGGUCUGAGAAAACUCCAUGUGCAAUACUGCAUGAGAAACUUGUUUCCUUUAGGUAAAUGUACUCUGUCACUGUCACUCCCAGGCCUUCCUUUCUUGCCUGACACAGAUUUACUUUCAGUUCUCAGUUGAGCAAAUGAGUAAGGAAGACUCCACAUAUUUCAAUAUCUUUGUAGUAUAUCAGUUGGAAUCAUUUGGAAUUACAUGUCCAAGUAUAUAUUUUUUGCAUCGUGUUUUUAUAACAUGUAUAUAAUAUACAGUACAGACCAAACGUUUGGUCUGUACUGUAUCAAAACUGUCAUGAGCUGCGGUUAGAGUGGUGGAGGCAGACGCUGAGACCCAGGUAGGAGUGAGAUGAAAUGAUGAUAAUAAGUCCAGAAAUCCAAAAACACAAAGUUCCCGCCAGCACAAAGGAGCGGAUGCAGAAGCUUGCAAAUAGUGACAACAUGUACUAGACAAACACGACGAGGAACACAGAACACAGGUGGGGUUAAAUACACAGAGGGUAAUCAAGAAGACAAGAAACACCUGGGAACAAUCAAGGGGAGACAGGACAACACAGAGACUCAAAAUAACCACCGAACAGACACAGAUCCUGACAUUACCCCCCCUUAAGGGCAGCUACCAGGUGCCCAAAAACCAGUCUGAAUAAAACCAGUCUGAAUAAAAAAAAACAACAAGGGUGGGUGCAGGAACGGGGGACCAAAACAACAAAAAACAACCCAACGGAGUGGGCAGAGGCACAGGAAGGCCAACAGUCCAAAAAACAACCCAUCCCUAAUGGGCGAAGGCACAGGAGGCGGGCUGUCGUGGGAGGUCCGGAGAGCGCAGGAGGCAGGACCCAAGGGGAAGGUCCAGCGGACGUCCUCGGCGCAGGAGGCGGGCCACAGUAGGCUGGUCCGGUGGACAACGUCGGCGCAGGGGCCAGGCCACAGGAGGUGGGUCUGGCGGGCGGAUCACUGGAGGCAGGGACGUGGGAGGGCUCCCUGGGGAUACUAGGAAGACUAGAAAAAAAAACACUAACUGGGGCAGAUAACCCACAAACUGGGGCAGGAAACGCCCACAGCCUUGCUGCCUGUCGGCCAGGCGGGCUGCCUGGAACCCCAUCACCAUGGGGAUGGUCUCCAGUGCGGACUCUGGAGCGGCUGCUGGAGGCACAGAGACCACAGCUGUUGCGAGGGGCGGAGAAGCAGGUGCUGGAACUGGAGGUGGUGCUGGUUCCUUAGUCGCUGGGGCUGGUUGCUGUUGGUUGCUGUUUUUUCCAGCAGUUCCUACCCUCUACUGGAACUGGAUCUUUGGACGAUUGGAACCUCCACUACUGCUAGAAUUUAAGCAUAAAAAUAUUGGAGUUCACUCAUAUUUAACAUUGUGUAACUGAUACCAUGGAUCUAAAAUGAUCCAAAAGGGAGUGCUGCUCCUAGCAACACCUCUAGUGCAUAACAUCCAAACUCUUCCCUAGAAGUUUUAGAUAGACGUUUGCUUAGACUGAAAUUCUAGGUUUGAGCAGAGAGGUAGGAAGGUUUGGGGGGAACCAUGUGGGCCGGCUUAGCUUCACUCUGCGUGUUGAACUCCUUCUCCAAUGACAAGUCUCACUCUGUGUGGUUAAUAUCUGCUUCCGUUCUGGCCCAGUUGGGCGAGUCUCUAUUGGCAGAGUGUUCCUCACUAUGUGGCCAAAGACCUGCUGAUGAUAUUUUAUUUUGUGCUUAUACACAUGGGAGGCCAGAUUUUCUGACAUCUUUUGGUUCAUUUGGUCGUUGCCCUGAGCAGUUGACAGUGAAUAGGCUCUUCCAACACAACUGAUAAAAAGUUUUGGAUCUGAAGGUUUGACCAUGAAACUGUGAAUAUUAUAUGGUCUUGUCAUAGUUUGAAGACGGUGGUUGAGAUAUUGUUGACUGAAAUCCAUGGGCCAAUCAACAAAUUCAGUCUGCUUCCAAUCAAAUCGCUUGACUCUGCCUUGUACUACUAAUAAGGUGGUUUUGAAAAAACAGAAUCUUCAAAUGGAGAUGAAUCUAGUCGGGCUGACUGGGGAAGAACUGGUUAAAGUCUUGGUUGUGGAAAAGGAGCUUUAUUCAUAAAAAGACCAGAAUAAAUGAGAAUCAUUGGUCUGUGGAAAGCACUGCCUUUACUGUGCCUACUUUAUGUCAUUGCUUUCUUUAAAACUACAAACUUAGUUGUAUUUUGUUGGUGAUUUUAUGUAGUCCAGUAUGCCAGUAGAAAUGUUGCAGGUUGAAUCGGAUCAACGGUUGGAGGAACCAACAAGAAGUUGCUUUAUGGGUGGGGUUUCUUAGCUAUUUUGCACACCGACAAACUGAAAUUUAGGCCCCUUCCUCUUUGGCAGUGGCUCAUGAUUAAACUGGAGGAAGAGCGUCUGUACAUGCCACUGUUCAGAUUUUCCUACAACUUCUCAACUAGAUUUAGCUCUGGACUUUGACUGGGGCUUUCAAAACCUGCUUUAAUUUGAAUUAACCCAGUGGAGUUCUGGCUGUAUGAUUUGGGUCAUUCUUCUGCUGGAAGGUAAACCUUCCUCUUUAGGAUGAUACCAUGAUACUGCCACCACCAUGUCUCACACUGGUGAUGGUGUGUUAAGUUGAAUGUGGAGUGUUAGUCAGUUUUACUCUAAAUCAAUUAGAUGCACCACUCUAUUAAGCAAUCUCAUAAAAUACCAAUAAAUGACUUUGAAUGUAAUGUUGUAGAUGAACUGCAAUAAGUGUGGAAAAAUUAUAAUCACUUUUGCAAACCACAGUAAAACAUAUCACUUAUAAAAAUCUUAUGAAGUCACUGUGAAAACAUAUUGAGAUGAUGUAGUGUAGUAGCAAAUUUGGUACUAGAUCCAUAGCUGACCAAUCAAAAAACAGCAACCUUUUAAAGUGACUGGGGUUAAAACAGGCCAUUAUAGAGAAAAUAGUAAUAGCAGCACAACAAUAUACAAUGUACAAAAUAUAAUGUAUUUUUAAAUGACGCUUGUGAAAAAUAAUAGAAUUAUUUGAAGAAGCAGGAUGCGGACUCUUACUGAGUACUUUUAGUGUUCCAGCAAUUGGCUUGUUUGAUGGAAACUCUAAAAAUCUGUAUUUACGUCAACAUGUGAACAUAAUAUUACAGUUUGGGAGACUUGGCAUGCUGUAAUGCUGUAACUAAGUACUAGCAACAUACAUGUAGCAGUAAACAUGUAUCUCACUGUAGCAGUAGAACAUGGAGCAAAUGUUUGAUUCCUAAUUUAAACACCGAACUCAACAGAAAGCCAAGCAGACAGAACAGUUAGUCACGUUUCUUCUGUCCAUCAUUUUCAGCUUCCUCCUCUUUUUAUGUCUCCGUCUGCAGCUUUGUUUAAUUGAAAAUUGUUAAAUGUCAAGUUGUAUGUCCCACUACGCCCCCCAAAAAAGAACACUGUGUCCCAGAAGUCUUCCAUAGCUGUUUGCCGUUUCCAACAAAAACAUCCUUGAGCUUAACGUUCACUGAUUUCACAGAUUUUUUUUAUAUCAGUAACAAAACAAGCAGUGAAAACCGAACUAAGUGCUAAAAUCAGUCUUCUAUACAGAUCGUUUCUGUUUGCAUACAUUUAGUUGUUUUUUUUGUUGUUUUUUUUUCAUGGUUCCCGUAUUUGUGAAGAUUUGUCAGUACAUUCUGUAAUCAAACCUGUGGUGUUAUUUUCUUGUAUUCAUGCCUGUCAUGUGAGUUUAUGCCUAUUUUUUAUUUUUAGUUUAUUAUUUGGUUGUACUUUGUUUGUGAAAGAUGUACUGUAUUUUCAAAGGAUAUGAAGGUGUAUUUUAAUUUUUGAAAGCAAUUAAAUAUCAUGAUGUCUGAAUGAAA